UUCAGUGACUCGGCUCAUGGCCACAGCAGACACAGAACCGGGAGGAUCCGAGGAGUCCAGUCUGCAGUCUGAGGAGUCCCUGAGAAGGUCUGAGGAGCUCAGGAUGAGGCCGACGGGUCCUGUGAGCUCCUGGGAGACGGAGCUGACCUCCAUCAAACACUCCCUGAAGUUCGUGGCGAAGCUGAAGGAGGAGUUCGUCUGUCCUGUCUGCAAGGGAGUCGUGCUCAACCCCCAACAGAACUCCUGCGGACACAUCUACUGCUUCCACUGCCUCCAGGGACUGCUGGAGAGUUCAUCGCCGACCAGCCCGGUGUGUCCGGUGGACGGACACGUGAUCACACCUGCUGAGGUUUUCCAGGACAACUGCUGCAAAAGAGAAAUCUCCAGUUUAGAUGUUUACUGCACCAACUCCCCGUCCUGCACCUCUGUCCUCACCUUAAACCACCUGCAGAAGCACCUGAAGUUGUGUCAGUUUGAGCAGCUGCAGUGCUCCAAUCCAGGCUGCAGCGCGACGCUCGAGAGGCGACACCUGCAGGAACACCUGAGCAACACCUGUCCUCACCGCACCGAGCCCUGCACACACUGCAGGCAGCCGCAUCAGCUCAGCCUCCUCCAGGAUCAUGUGCGCAGCUCGUGUCCAGAUGUGGAGGUGAAUUGUCCCAACAGCUGCUCCCAGAAAGUCCGCAGACACAUGGUGACGGAGCACAGAGAGUCGUGUCCUGAAGUUCUCAUCGACUGCUCUUAUAAGAAGUUCGGCUGUUCUGUGCAGGAGAAGAGAGGAAGAAUGAAGCUUCAUGAAGACGCUGCUGUCAGUCAUCACAUGCUGCUGGUUCUGAGGAGCAACACCAACCUGGAACAUCAGAUGGGGGUUCUCCAGGAGGAGGCGCUGCUGAGGCAGCAGGACGUCCAGACCAACACGAUACUGCUCGCUGGUCUGCAGAACAAAAUCAGACCGCUGCUUCAACAGAGCAUCAACCAUGAACACAUCGUCUCCACAGUUCAGAGGACUCUGAGCAGGGAGGAGAACACCUUGUCCACUGUCCAGCUGGACAUCCGCCAGGAAUCUGGAGGACCUGGUUGUGGUCUGGAGGAGCUUGAGCAGCUCAGAAGCUCUUUGGAUGCUGUGAUGCAGCAAGUAUCUUCAGCUGAGGCCCUCAGAGAGCACCUGGGAACUUUGGAGGAGAACCUGAAGCGUCACUCGGGUCUCCUAGAUUUCCACGCCGCUCAGCUCAACCAUAACAUGCAGCACCUGCAGGAGCUCAAGACGACGUCCUACGAUGGCAAGCUGAUCUGGAAGAUCCAGGACUUCAGUAAAAAGCAGGCAGCUGAGGCCAAAGGUCAGCCGCCGUGCCUGACCAGCGUGCCGUUCCACACCGGGCGCUGCGGAUAUAAAAUGGCCAUCAAAGCUUAUCUGAACGGAGACGGCGAGGGCAGAGGGAAUCACCUGUCUCUUUACGUUGUCCUGAUGCCAGGAGACUUCGACGCUCUGCUGCUGUGGCCUUUCAGACAAACCGUGUGUCUGUCUAUUCUGGAUCAAAGUGGUGCUGGAAACCACCGCAGUCUCAGCUUCAGGCCCGACCCGAUGUCCAAAAGCUUCCAGCGACCCGCCGCCGACGCCGUCAGCAACGUCGCUGUAGGGUUUUCAUGCUUCAUCCCCCUCAACAAGAUAGAAACUCCUCAAAAUGCUGCUUACAUCGUCGACGAAACGCUGUUCGUCAAAGUGAAGGUGGAUAUGUCCGGUUUAGAGCAACUGUAGCUUUCUCCCGUCACUUUUAGUAUUUUUAAUUUAACUUUGGUGCUAAACAAACUGCUCCAGUUUUCAGCAAAAUGUACCAUCAGAAUAAUGUGAAGGAUGUUUUAAAACAUUGAGGCUUUUAGCUUCAGGAUCAACUCAGGGAUUAUUUGUUUGUUACUUUGGUACGUGGCCACGAUGUUAAAAACUAAACUGUUCUCUUUCUGUCUGGUAUCAUACACACUGUAUACUGUUGUUGCAGCUCUGCACU